CCUAACUCUGUCUGUCCCUCUCUGCCCAUUAGAUUCACACAGAGCAGAGGUGCUGGACUAGGUCAAGCUCAACCCAUGACGUCCAGAUGCGCACAGCCCAUUUGAGUUCUCUGUGAAACAGCGUGACGUCAAACAGCAGUCGAGCAACCAACGCAUCCAUCCAGCGUGCCUUUCACCCGGGAUCUGUCUGCAAAGCUCAAUGCAAAUGUGCUCAUAAGGAUCUCUUGCUCGCUCUCUGGCAAUUGGAUUUAAUAAAAAUGGGAUUAUUUGAUGCUCUUAGAGAUUUUAGUUUAUUAACAUGGCUAAGAGAAGAAAGGCAGUCUCGGAGGCUGAUUCUGUUCAUCGUUUUCAUUGCUUUGCUGUUGGACAACAUGCUGUUGACGGUGGUCGUGCCUAUUAUUCCAAGCUACCUGUACACCGUGGAUGACGAGGCCGCUCAGGUGGUCCGGAAUAACUCCAUGUCCCCUCUUUCCCCAUCUGGCACCUUCCAGAGCAUUGUGUCAUUGUACGAUAACACAACACACCUGACAGGCUUCACCCCGCAGAUGAGCAAUGCUGGCCCAAUGACCCCGGCCCCUACUUUUGGGACACCCCCUCAAAAUGGGUCUGACUGCCCCAAAGCAGAUGACCAGCUUUUGAACGAGAAUGUGAGAGUGGGUCUGUUGUUUGCCUCUAAAGCAACAGUACAGCUAAUCACUAACCCCUUCAUAGGGCCCCUGACUAACAGAAUAGGAUACCAGAUCCCAAUGUUUGCUGGUUUCUGCAUCAUGUUUCUUUCUACCCUCAUGUUUGCGUUUUCCUCGAGCUAUACGUUGCUGUUUUUGGCCAGAUCUCUACAAGGUGUCGGCUCUUCCUGUUCUUCUGUGGCAGGUAUGGGGAUGCUGGCAAGUGUUUACACCGAUGAUGAGGAAAGAGGAAAUGCUAUAGGAAUUGCUCUGGGAGGACUAGCCAUGGGAGUUUUGGUUGGCCCUCCGUUUGGCAGUGUCAUGUAUGAGUUUGUCGGUAAGACGGCUCCUUUCCUUAUCCUGGCAGUGCUGGCGGUGCUUGAUGGAGCUCUGCAGCUAUUUGUGCUUCAGCCUUCGAAAGUUGAACCAGAGAACCAAAAAGGAACUGCACUAUUUACCCUCAUGAAGGAUCCCUACAUCCUCAUCGCAGCAGGUUCCAUUUGUUUUGCUAACAUGGCCAUUGCUAUGCUGGAGCCGGCUCUGCCCAUCUGGAUGAUGGAGACGAUGUGUCCUAGGAAAUGGCAGCUAGGGGUUGCAUUCGUGCCAGCCAGCAUCUCAUAUCUAAUAGGGACCAACAUCUUCGCCGUUUUGGCUCACAAAAUGGGGAGAUGGCUGUGCUCACUUAUAGGGAUGCUGCUGGUUGGAGUCAGUAUUCUCUGUGUGCCUUUUGCAAAAGACAUAUAUGGACUCAUUGUGCCUAACUUUGGAGUUGGAUUCGCAAUAGGUAUGGUGGACUCUUCGAUGAUGCCUAUCAUGGGUUACCUAGUAGAUCUGAGGCACGUGUCUGUGUACGGUAGUGUCUACGCCAUUGCUGAUGUUGCCUUCUGCAUGGGGUUCGCUUUAGGUCCAUCCGCUGGCGGAGCGAUUGCGCGGAGCAUCGGCUUCCCCUGGCUCAUGACCAUCAUUGGUGUUAUAGACAUCCUAUUUGCUCCUCUCUGUUACUUCCUGCGAAAUCCUCCUGCCAAUGAGGAAAAGAUGGCCAUUCUAAUGGACUCUAACUGCUCAAUGAAGACCCGUUCCUACUCCACCCAGGGCUCCAGCUACCAAAUGGGCGACGAUUUUGAUCCUGAGAGCCCUGAAUAGGCCUCAUCAGUUCAAAGCCCUCAGCCAUGUAUGUCACCCAGAGUAUCUAUUUUGUUGUAUGAAAGAGGAAACCACUUUAAAGAAAACCACAAUGCUGAUUUGUAAGAAUGUCCCAUAUCUGUCCCAUGCUGUCCUGUGGUUGUGAUGGUCAUGUUAUUCUGAAGCAAACCAAAGUUGUUCUUGUCGCUGUUUGUUCUCAAUGUGGGAGAGGUGAAAUAUCUAACCAACAGCCUUAUCGAAAUGGAUAACACUUGUAUUCGAUUCAAAACGCGGGAUUUGAGAGAGGAGGACAAAGGGAAAUCUUAACUACACUUGUAUUCGACACAACAAUGAUCAUUUUUUCGAAUUCAAAAGUCUGAAAGGGCAGUUGAGAAGAUAAACAAUGAAAGAUUCAUUCAGUAUAACUUAAUGGACAGAUAUGUAUUGGAUAUUUAUUGUUUGCCUGUGGUGGUAGGAAAGUGUGGUCUUCAUAUCUAUCGGUCCUGUUGAAGUCUUUUCAUAGGCGUAAACGUUAGUGAAGGUACAUUUGAGUCAGAUAAACCUUGAAAUGGGCCUUAAAAUGUUGCCAUUCGUAUCAUAAUCAGUUCAAAC